AUGGUAGCCAGAAUUUGGGGUUCGAAUCCUUUUGACGAGCUAAUAGAUAAAGCUACCUCCGAGUUCCUUCCUAAGGGACAAGAAGAUUUAGGAUUAAAUCUUGAUAUUUCCGAUCAAAUACGUAGUAAAUCGGUUCCUGCUAAGGAAGCUAUGCGGGCUUUAAAAAGACGAAUUGAUCAUAGCAACCCCAAUGUUCAACUCUUAGCUUUAAGUUUGACUGAUACCUGCGUUAAAAAUGGCGGUCACCAUUUUUUAAUUGAUAUUGCUUCUCGUGAGUUUGUUGAUAAUCUUGUAUCGAUUCUUAGAUCAACUACUUGCAAUUCGGAGGUUCGAUCAAAAAUUUUGAGUCUAAUUCAAACAUGGGGUAUUGCAUUCGAUGGAAAGCCUGAAUUGAGCUAUGUUUCUGAUACAUAUCGCUUAUUAAAAGAAGAUUAUUCAUUUCCGAAGCUCGAAAAAGCUGCGUCCUCAGUCAUGAUUGAUACUGCAACACCUCCAGAAUGGACGGACAGUGACGUGUGCAUGCGAUGUCGAACACAAUUCACUACAUUUAACAGAAAGCAUCAUUGUCGUAACUGUGGUCAGACUUUUUGCGGAGAAUGUUCUUCAAAAACUAUGGCAUUGCCCCAUAUUGGUAUAAAUGAUCCAGUUAGAGUAUGCGAUUCAUGUCAUAUUAAAAGACAAUUAAAAAAGUCAAGAAGUACAAGUAUUGAUCAAACUGCGCAUAAAAGUCCGCAAAAUUCAGUACAUUCACGCACCUCUUCGUUACCAAACGGUAGUAACAAUACAGCAAAUUCACGUCACGAAGAUGAAGAUGAUGAAGAUAUUAAGAAAGCUAUAGAACUUUCGUUAAAAGAAGCAGAAUCUAGUCGUGGAUUUACAUCUUUUCAACAAAAGACAACUCCAAAAGUUGUAGAACAACCAAAAAAACAGGAACCAGUAAAGGAAGAAGAAGAGGAUGCUGAUCUAGCAGCUGCUAUUGCAGCUUCAUUACAAGAAAUGAAUCUGAAUCAACAGAGAUCAAACUACUCAUCAUCUUACGUGGGAUAUGAUCUUUCUGCUAUUGAAGCUGAAAAUAUCUACAAAUUUUCUGAAAUAGUGGAACGAAUUCAGCAAAACGGAGGUGAUUUAAUGAGAGAACGCCAAGUGCAGGAAUUAUGUGAAAGAAUCGGUGAAUUAAAACCAAAAUUAACGAAAACUUUGAGUGAAACAAUACAAAAGCAUCAGAAUCUUGUAGAUAUACAUGAAAAAUUAUCUCAAGUUGUCAAAUUAUAUGACAGACUUUUGGAAGAGAGACUUUCCAGUGCAUAUACGCGUCGAGCUUCAACCACGCCAUAUUCUUUGCAUCAACAUCAACAAGUAAAUCCAGUUGGAACUCAAGGCGUUGGAUCUUUCUAUCCUAACAUCAAUACAACUGCACAAACGCCAAAUCUUUACCCUCAGCUUAAUUAUCCGGCUGCUUCAGCACCUGCACAAUCACCAACUUAUUACUCUUCCCAAUCUAUACUUGCUAAUCAACAAUCACAUUCAAAUCAAACUGAACAACAGGCAUAUUCAAAUCAAACUGAACAACAGGCAUAUUCAAAUCAAACUGAACAACAGGCAUAUUAUUCACAACAAUAUACACAAUCAAAACAAGUGCCUUAUACUCAAUAUUCAUAUGCACAGCAAACACCUACACCUUACGCGCCCGUUGCUGGAACAACCAAUAAUGAUGCUAUUGUUCCUACAAAUCCCAUCGAAUAUCGUCAAGUUAAUGUUAAUCAUCAACAACAAUCAAUUAAUGGCGUGGAAUCGUAUUCUAUUUUGCAAGGUUACCAGGAUACAGGAUAUCAGCAACAGUCGCAGCAGAUUGACGAAGCGCCACCAUUGAUUGAAUUGUAG